AUGUCUCACCAGCCACCAUCAGAUGCUGAACCUCAUGACGAGGAUGGCAGCAUAGACCCAGAAGAUCUAUACACACUUGAUGAAUUUGAAGCUGAGCAAGAAAUACUAGAAGAUCUGGAAGAUGGAAUGCUGGAAGAAUUGAAGAGUGGGCUUCAAGCGCUAGAAGAAGGAAGUAGACGCAAUAGUGGGCCAAGAAGAUACAUAGCAAGGCCUCGAGAAGAUGCCAACCGACGACUUAUGGAUGAUUAUUUCAUUGAGAAUCCCCUAUAUAAUUCUACAAUCUUCCGUAGAAGGUUUAGGAUGAGGAGGGAUCUGUUUCUCAAGAUUGUCAAUGCCCUCGGUGAGUGGUCUCCGUUUUUCAUCUUAAGAUCAGAUGCUGCUAAUCGCCCUGGGCUAUCUCCAAUUCAAAAAUGUACUGCUGCUAUACGGCAACUAGCUAAUGGAAGCCCUGCAGACCAGCUUGAUGAGUACAUUAAAAUUGGUGAAAGUACUGCUGUAGAGUGUUUGAAGUUAUUUGUGAAGGGGGUGAUUGAAGUUUUUGGGACGGAGUAUUUGAGGAGACCGACCGUACAAGAUGUUGAACGUUUAAUGGAGAUAGGUGAGCGUCGUGGGUUUCCAGGCAUGCUAGGGAGCAUUGACUGUAUGCAUUGGCACUGGGAGAAAUGUCCAUAUGCAUGGAAGGGUAUGUAUACCCGCGGUGAUCACGGUGUGCCAACAAUCAUUCUAGAGGCAGUUGCUUCGCACAAUCGUUGGAUAUGGCAUGCUUUCUUUGGUGUUGCCGGAUCGAACAACGAUAUCAACGUGCUGAACCAAUCACAUUUGUUUGUGGAGCAGCUGAGAGGAGAAUCUCCUAAAGUGCAGUACACUAUCAAUGGAAGAGAAUAUGAUACCGGCUAUUACCUAGCUGAUGGUAUAUAUCCAGAGUGGCCUGUUUUUGUGAAGUCUAUACGUAAACCACAAUUAGACAAACAUAAAUUAUUUGCACAAUAG